AUGGACGUAACUCAUCCCUCUGCGGCUGAUAUCAUGAUUUGGCUUGGGACUGUCACAAAGCUCCAGGGUGAAAGCAAUUUCAUGCAAUGGUAUUCUGACAUUCCAACCGUUAUGUGUCUUAUUGACCCUGACGUUUGGGAUAUCAUGAGCGGUACAUUUACCCUUCCAAAAGGUGAUGCCGUCAAAGAGCUUGACGCCUGCGAGGUUGAGCUAAAGGCGGGUCAGGAGUAUGGCAUGCAACGGGCACAGACUAGCUACAAAAUGAUGGAGGACUGGGAGCUUUGGCGUGUCACAAAGCCUCGUGAGCGAUAUCGAAGGUGGCAGCGGAACCGGGCUAUCGCUCGUCAUGCUUUGACCCUGACGAUUGAUCCUAGUCUGCGCCACUUGAUUGAUGAAAUUCGGCUCCCGUGUCAGGCUUUUUAUUUUCUGUGCAAGAGGUUUGUUGGAGGUUCCCCACCUGAUUUUUCUUGA